AUGGCCACCAACAGAAGAAUCAACUCCCAGGAGAAGACCCACCUGGACCAAGAUGAGGUUCAGCAGCAGCCAUCCGUAAUCACUCCAGCCGUCCCCAAACAUGUCAUUGUUAAAUUGCUACUUUUCUCUUUCGCCAUGAUUGUCUUGCCCAUUUCUUCCUACUUCCUGACUGUCGACAUGCUGUUUUCCGGUAAACAUUCUUUCAUCCAUCCUCACCCGACCCUCACUAAUUCUGCAGGCAACUCUACUUUUGCUGGUGCAACUGCUGCCAUCAUUGCAAAUGUCGUUCUGAUUGGCUACGUUGUUGUCGCCAUGAGAGAAGAUGCUGGUGAACGUGCAGAGGCUGAAGAGAAAGACAAAAAGUCUCGCUAG